AGACACUCAACUCAUCUGUGUUUAGUGGCUUUGUCUAAAGCGUGCUACUCUCACAGUCGACAUGACUUCUGUCAGCGAUAUCCUGAAGCUGCUGCCAGCUGGGCUGAUAUGGUCCAUACAAUUUAAGUCUUGCUUGUCUCUGCAUGAAGACAAUUCAACCGCCAUGCCCAACUACACGGAUUAUAACUAUAGUCUGGAUUACGACGACAUUCCUCAGCUCUGUGCGAAAGAUUCCAACCGCCAGUUCCGCCUCUGGUUCAUGCCGACCUUCUACUCCAUCAUCUGCCUCUUGGGGCUCGCAGGGAACAUACUGGUCAUCCUCACCUUCUUCUACUUUAAGCGUCUCAAGACCAUGACGGAUGUGUACCUGCUCAACCUGUCCUUUGCCGAUCUGCUCUUUGCUCUUUCGCUCCCCUUCUGGGCUGCCAACUCCACGGCAGAGUGGGUGCUGGGCCUGGCGUUGUGCAAAGCAAUGCACACUAUUUAUAAGGUCAGCUUCUACAGCAGCAUGUUCCUUCUCUCUUUCAUUAGUGUGGACCGCUACUUCGCCGUCGCCAAGGCCGUCUCCGCUCACCGCCACCGCUCCCAAGCAAUGUUUCUCAGCAAGGUGUCAUCAGCUCUCAUCUGGGUGAUGGCACUGAUGUUCUCCAUACCAGAAAUGAGCUACACCACUAUCAAUAACAACACCUGCACCCCUUACUCCAGCACUUCUGACCCGCUCCGCGUCAGAGUCCAGGCGAGCCAGAUAGUUUUGGCGUUUGCCCUCCCGCUCCUGGUCAUGAGCUUCUGUUACAGCAGCAUUGUCCAGACCCUGUGCCAGGCUCGUAACUUUGAGCGCAAUAAAGCAAUCAAGGUGAUUCUGGCCGUGGUAGCUGUCUUCCUGGUCUGCCAAGUCCCUUAUAACCUGGUCCUAUUUUGGACCACAGUUCUUGCUGCUAAAGGAGGAACCGAAAACUGCAACUAUGAGAACCUUCUCCUUUAUGCCACCGAUGUCACCCAGUGUGUGGCCUUCCUGAGGUGCUGCCUGAACCCCUUCGUCUAUGCCUUUAUCGGUGUCAAGUUUCGUCAUGACCUCCUGAAGCUGCUGAAGGACUUGGGUUGCAUGAGCCAGGAGAGGUUCUUCAGGUACACCUGCGGCAGGAGGAGGAGCUCAGCGGCCAACGACACCGAGACCACCACCACAUUCUCUCCUUAAAGCUGCUUCAGGAUGGACAACAGCCUAUUCACACCCGCAGACCACACAGUGGACUGUUGAACAUUAGUGUCUGAAAAUCAAAAAUAUAUUUUACAUGUACAUAUCAGAAGUAAUCAUAUACAUUUACAUGCAUUCGGGUGGUGAUGGCGCAAUGGAUAAGACUAUGCCUUUGGUGGGAGAGACCCGCGUUCAAUCCCCCACUAUGACCCACCCACCCGCCAAUGUGGCCUUGAGCAAGACUCUUAACCCUUUGUUGCUCCAGAGGCAUGCGACCUCUGACAUAUAUAGCAAUUGUAAGUCGCUUUGGAUAAAAGCGUCAGCUAAAAUGAAAUUUUUUUACAGUUUUUGUCUCUUUGUUCAUGUUUAUUCUCUCCAGUACAGAAGGCUUUGUUUUUGUUUUUUGAUUUUGCUGCCGUGUACAGUAUUUCAUGAAAUUAACAGUGUUUUUUACAGUGCUGUCACUCAACCAUUUGAAAAGCAAGAAAUCAUGUACAUUAAACUAUCUGUACAAACCACAUCUUUAA